AUGGCUGCACAAGAGCCGUCUCCACCAUCUUCCCUGGAAGGCAACAAGCCGGGCUUCCCAAAGAAAAUUCUGGCCAACAACCUGGAGGACAAGCAUCUGUGCAACUCGUGUCAGAAAAUCCUGCGGAGGCCCCUGCAGGCCCAGUGCGGCCACCGCUUCUGUUCGUUCUGUUUCAACAAGCUGGUGAGUUCUGGACCACAGAAAUGCAGUGCAUGCAUCAAGGAGGACUUGUUUGAGGAGCCCACCUCCAUUCUCAAGCCUGGCGGUGCGUUCCCAGACAACGCAGCUCGGAGAGAGGUGGAGGCCUUGGCAGCAGUUUGUCCUAAUGAAGGAUGCACAUGGACUGGAACUGUCAGAGAGUUUGAGGCGAGCCAUGAGGGCAACUGUGACUUCAUGAUCAUCAUGUGUCCGUCGUGCAAAGAGCUGAUGAGAGCCAACGAACAGGAGCGCCACAACGAGCGAGAGUGUCCAGAGAGGACACUGAACUGCAAAUACUGCAAAGAGCCGUUCCUCUUAAAGAACAUCAAGGCUCAUGAUGAAAUCUGCCCAAAGUACCCAAUGAUCUGUGAAGGCUGUGCGAAGAAAAAGAUCCCCCGUGAGAAGUAUGUGGACCAUAUUAAGUUCUGCAGUAAAUUUAAAACACCAUGCAGAUUUCAUGUUGUUGGCUGCGAUACGUCUGUGGAGAAGGAGAAGAUCCACGACCAUGAGCGGCAGUGUUCAUACGAGCACCUCAACCUGCUUCUGCAUUUCAUCAUGGGCAUCAAGGUGAGUCUGGAGAGCCUCCAACCGCAGACCUUAGAGGUGGCCAGCCAGAAGCUCCAGGUGCUGCACCAGUCCCUCAGAGAGCUGGAGCUGAAGAUGAGCCAGCUGGGUGGGGGCGGCCCUGCUCCCGUGCAGGGUGCAUGUGCUCUCACCCUGGCCACGUCCUUCACUCCACUGCCCAGCGCCAUGGGUGCUGCUCUGGAGCUGCAGCUCCAGAGCGAGAAGACCAAGGUGGCCGAGCUGAGCCGGCGCUGUCAGGAGCUGGAGCUGAAAGUGAACACGUUUGAAAACAUCGUCUGCGUCCUGAACCGGGAGAUGGAGCGUUCCUGCACCACCAUGGAAGCCUACAACCGUCAGCACAGACUAGACCAGGACAAAAUUGAAAUUCUCAGCAACAAGGUCCGACAGCUGGAAAGGACGGUCAGCCUGAGGGACCUGUCCAUCGUGGAGAUGGAGGGGAAGAUGAGGGAGAUGUCUGCAGCCACCUACGAUGGAGUCUUUAUCUGGAAGAUCUCCGAUUUCACCAAGAAGAGGCAGGAUGCCGUGGCUGGCCGCGCUCCUGCUAUGUUCUCCCCCGCGUUUUAUACAAGUAAAUACGGCUACAAGAUGUGCUUACGAAUCUACCUGAAUGGUGACGGGACGGGCCGUGGCACACAUCUGUCUCUGUUCUUUGUGGUGAUGAGAGGACACAGCGACGCACUCCUUAAGUGGCCUUUCAAUCAGAAGGUUACCCUCAUGCUGCUUGACCAGAACAACAGGGAGCACAUAAUCGAUGCCUUCCGGCCCGACAUCUCAUCUUCGUCCUUCCAGAGGCCCGUCAGCGACAUGAACAUCGCCAGCGGCUGCCCGCUUUUCUGUCCUCUGUCCAAGCUGGACUCCAAAAACUCCUACAUUCGUGACGACACCAUCUUCAUAAAGGCCAUCGUCGACCUCACUGGGCUCUAGAGAAAUCGUAAGAGCAGAAAUCCCAACUUUGCCUUUUUUUGCGACUAACCUGUUCAUCAACCGGCCUUCGUAUUAGCAGUAACCAGCACUUCUCUCGGGGGGUGUUGUGUCGUUUGGUUUUGGAAUCAGUUGUUGACAAUAUGCAAGUUAUCAUUUUUUCUUUGUUGGCUAUUCAAGUCCUUUAGUCUCUGUUUUACCAAUCAGAAGAACUUUUAUGCAUCAAAGUUGUGACUAUUCACCAAAGUGACUGCAGAACUUUAAACAGCGUUUUUACUAACCAAGGCAUUCCAACAACUGUGUAGUGUACUAUGUGAAACAAGCUGACUGCCCGCCUCAUUAAUCCCUCAUGAACAUGUUGAAGCUCCUGGUGCUUCAGAAGUGGCUCACCGUCAAGGUUUAAAGGAAGCUUUCCUGUAGGCACUAGCUAACGCUCUUGUUAUUACUAGUUAUAACCCAGAAAAUGGGAACUUACUAACCGCUAAGAUAACUAACAAACACGCAAGUCCCUGAAAAUAUUCAGCUUCCUCAAUAACACUCAUUAAGUCUUCUGUGAUCGUUUCACCGAUUUCCAACAAGAUUGUUUUUCUGGUUACACAAGUUUUCUUCCAUCUUAACUAGCUGGUUUGGGAUUAAUUAUAGGGUUUAAUAGAGAAAAUAACCACACGUGAAUCAAGCUGAAAAGAAAGUCGUCUGAGUUGAUUAAAAAUAAGAAAAUGUAAGUUAAUAAAACCAAAAACUAUCCAGAUCUUUUUUUUGUCCCAGAUGCUGAUCCGAGUGGUUUUAGAACAAGUGUUCCUGGAUUCAGACUAUCAGUCAGAUCCUCUUUGUAGUCGUCGCCUUGUUUGCAAAAUCUGUAGCUUUAAGGAGGAGAAAAUGAACUACUUGUCAACUGUAUUAUGUGGUUUAAGUUGGUUUGAUGAUCAUGAAGCAGUUACAGUAACCGGCCGCUGCAGUGUGUUGGGUUUAUGUUGUUCCCCAACCUGCAAGAAUCAACCAAAGACACAAAUUACUUUUCUGCAGAAGAGGGGAGAAGAGCCCAACGCGGAGAACCGCUGGCAAACGCUGUCUGGGAUCCACUCCGCCGGCUCUCAGUCCCCAACUGCCUUUUAUUAUGUCAACAAACAAAGAGGUUGGCUAUUUUACAUAGUUAGUCAUUCUUCCUCGGACAUGCUGUUACUCGGACCUAAGGAUGACCUCUAUAAAUUCACCCCUCAGGACACAGAUAAUGAUUAACACAGCUUUUAGCAGAGGAAUGUGUAAACAUUUCUAACCCCUAAGGAAACAGUUAAGAGUAUAUCACAAAAGAAAGGAGUCAAGAAAACAACACAGAAUAAUAUGAAAACAUAAUCUUUCAAAUAAAAGUAAAUGAACUUAGAUAAAAGUAAAUGAACUAAGAUAAUAAUUUUCCCAACAAGUCCCAGCAUUAAUAUGGUGCUUGGUUAAUGAAAGCCAGCAUAAUGAUAUGGGAACACGUGAGCUAAAACACUUGUAGUUUCAUAUACGUUUAUAAUUACUGUAUGUCUGAUUCCACAUAUGCACAUUUCUCCUGCUGGUCUUGUUCUCUGUUUUGAUGUGACUUGUUGAUAGUUUGGCAUUCAACAAAUUUCAAAAGUCAUGUUCAUGAAAUCAGCGCUUCGCUUUGAAGAUGGUGUAAUCUAAUAGGACUUCAGACUUAUUUAAAUAACACGUUUAAUACAGGUGUGGAAGCUAUGCACAGGAAAAAAAUAGGCCAUGUUUUAAAACAAUUGGCUGCAGAAAAGCAUCCAAAGAAAUUUAAACACCAAAUGAAGCACUCAGAUGGUCCAUUCUGGAUAGAUUAUUUGAACGAGAAGGAGAUCAGAGCUUCUACAUCUGAAAGGAGAAAUGGAAAACUGAAAAAGUUUAUGCUAAAACUAAAUCUUCUAAAAUACCUGCCCAGGUCUGAUUUUGAGUUAACUCCACCAAAAAAACAAUCUUCAAUCCAGUCGAAAUAAACUCCAUUACAUUUAUCACAUGGGUGGAUAGGAGGUAUAGGCCAUGAUGUUAUUCAGACAGUAUUUUCAUAUUUUAACACCAGUGACUGAUACUUAAUAACAUUUUAAACGCAUUUCAAACAUUUCCACUAAAUUUAUAUUUAUCGAGUGGCAGUUUGUUGCAGGCAGUUGCCGGCGGAAACGCUGAGUGAAGAUCAGAGGAUGGCCCCCAGACAUGGCAGACGAAAUGAAUUGAACUUGACAGAGUCUGGUUUGUGUCAUAUUUUGGGUUCGCAUUGUGAAAACAAAUUAGCAUCACCUGCCAAGUUGAUAACCCAGACGCCACAUGACGGUUCUGGUUGUACAAUAAAAUCCAACCGAUUCGGUCAGUUCCUUCUGACCGCUUCACUUGGUGCCAGCAAUGUAUGCACCAGUACACCAUAAAGUGCAUAAAAUGAUUUUUAUCGUCUUAAUUCCACCUGUAGUAUUUUUUUUUUUUUUGCAUUUCAAAUGAUGCACCUUUUAUUAAAAAACUGCUGAUGAUUGACAAUACUGAGAGGCAGAUUAUAAUAUCUACAGUCAAAGCAAUAGAUCAGACCACUAUUGGCUGUUGUGCUCACUGUUGUGUACUGUCUAACAUUUGGUGAUGUCAUCAUUCUUAUUUUAUAUUUCUCUCAUAAGCUUUGCUCACAAUGUUGUCAGAAUUUCUCACACACUGUUGCAGAACAGCGAUUGGUCCAUGUCUGGCUCUGCUGUUCUUCAUUUGGGAAUCAUUUGUUGAACAUCUCUUGAAUCCCAUCAAUUCUAUCUGCAGUACUUCUGCUGCUAACGUUUCUGUUUGUGUGUCUUUCCAGUCCUUUUCCUCUGAAAGAAAAUCUAUGGUGUGAAAUAUGAAUCAAGCCUUGGUUAUUAUUUUGUUGUCUUUGGUUACACUGAAUAAAGGUGGAUAGAGAGUUAUGGGCUGCUGAUGGUCUGUAACGGCUUUAUAAUCUUCCAACACUUUCUCUCAAAACUAUCCCUUCCUUAAAAAAAAGUAGUUGAAGACAUUGACAAAAUGUAAAAGAUUCUAACUUUCUCUAAAAAGACGAAAGAAAAAUAAAAAGCAAAGCAAAAAUAACCAGAAAGAUGACUUCAGAGAUGCAGUACAAAUGAAGGCUACAUGCUGACAUGAAUUGAUGUUAUUGAGUCCUGGUAUUAUUUGAAUGUUCCAACACAGUUCACAGAAAAACAUUUAUAUUUUCAUUGGAUUUUUGAUGAGUUGAAACUACGGGUGCACCGAUAACAGUUUUCAGGCAGAUUAAUCUUCAAAAACUUCACCUGCCAAUUCCUAUAUUGGCUGAAAUGUUUUGCGUCUGAAAUGUUGCUAAAUUUAGCAAGAAAAUCACUGAGUUGCUAACAGUGGGGUGACAAUAGUUAGCUACAAACUUGUAAACAUGACCAUUCUAUCACUCAAACAUGGCUCAUCGCAGAGCUAAAGAGGACAGUGGUUGAUUUUUAAGACCUUUGCUGAUGAGAUAAGAUCGGCUUCACAUGUAAGCAUCAGCUGAUCACCAGUUUCUCCAAAUGAAGGAAAUUGGAACUGGUAAAUCAGUGCACCCCUAGCUGAAACACUUGUUUCCAAUCUCUACAAAUAUAUAUAUAUAUUUUUGAUAAGGCUAACGGGGCGUACAGUGAGGUCAAAGUGUGUCACCUUACAUGUCUUCUGGUGUUGAUUUUUUUAAAAUUUUUGUUACACUUGCAUGUUUAAGAGUGUCUUAAUAUCAGAUGGAGAUAAACCGAGUACCGGUAAAUGCAUACAAGCAGUUUUCCAGAGAAAUAAUCACCCCCCGGAGCUAGAACCAUCAUAGGUUUGACUCGACUGAAAAUUAGUGUUUUGCAAAACUCCAGAGGGUCUUUGGUUAAAUAUUUUCAAUCAGCCACAUUUAAACAUUUAGGAAUUUUAAAUGGCACUUAAAUAUAAAU